GGGCCCCGCCGGCUCCCGAAUUGCCCUUCGGCGCCCGGCUGCUUCUCCCUCUGGCCGGCUGGUACUCCUGGACUCCCGAGGCGUCCCCUGGAGAGGCAAAGCCAGGCUCAGGCUCCCGUUGGGCGCGCUGCCGCUCUUCUGUUACAGGCUGUCGGGCCAGGACCCCUCAGGGACUUUUUGUGGGGGAGGGGCGAAUCGUGCAAGGCCUAGGGGGCCGCGCUCCUAGAGAAAGGCAAUGCGGGGCUGUGGCGGGGAGGAGGACCGAGUGGAGCAGUCUGAGGCACACCUUUAACCCUUAGCUAAGCUCCUAUGCCCUUCAUACCUUCAUUCACAGAAAGGGAAAGUUAUAUUAGAGGGGUGCCUGGCUGCCUCAGUUGGUGGAACACGCUAUUCUUGAUCUUGUGGGAAGAUGGAAGAGCUGAGUCAAGCCCUGGCCAGUAGCUUUUCUGUGUCUCAAGAUCUGAACAGCACAGCUGCCCCACACCCCCGCCUGUCCCAGUACAAGUCCAAGUACAGUUCCUUGGAGCAGAGUGAGCGGCGCCGCCGACUAUUGGAACUGCAGAAAUCCAAGCGGCUGGAUUACGUGAACCAUGCCAGACGACUGGCUGAAGAUGACUGGACAGGGAUGGAGAGUGAGGAAGAAGAUGAUAAAAAAGAUGAUGAAGAGAUGGACGUUGACACUGGCAAGAAGUUACCAAAACGCUAUGCUAAUCAAUUGAUGCUGUCUGAGUGGUUGAUUGACGUCCCUUCAGAUCUGGGGCAGGAAUGGAUUGUGGUCGUGUGCCCUGUUGGAAAAAGAGCCCUGAUCGUGGCCUCCAGGGGCUUUACCAGUGCCUACACCAAGAGUGGUUACCGUGUCAACAGGUUUUCUUCCCUGCUGCCAGGAGGCAACAGGCAAAACUCAGCGACAGCAAAAGACUACACCAUUCUGGACUGCAUUUACAGCGAGGUGAACCAGACCUACUAUGUUCUGGAUGUGAUGUGCUGGCGGGGACACCCUUUUUAUGACUGCCAGACUGAUUUCCGGUUCUACUGGAUACAUUCAAAGUUACCAGAAGAAGAAGGACUGGGAGAGAAAACCAAGCUCAAUCCCUUUAAAUUUGUAGGACUAAAGAAUUUCCCUUGUACCCCUGAGAGCCUGUGUCAGGUGCUGUCAAUGGAUUUCCCUUUUGAGGUAGAUGGACUUCUCUUCUACCACAAGCAGACCCACUACAGCCCUGGAAGCACUCCUCUUGUGGGCUGGCUGCGCCCCUACAUGGUGUCAGAUGUUCUUGGAGUGGCCGUGCCAGCUGGCCCACUGACCACCAAGCCAGAAUAUGCUGGGCAGCAGCUCCAGCAGAUUAUUGAGCACAAGAGGAGCCAGGAAGGCAUGAAGGAGAAAGUCACACACAAGGCAUCUGAGAGUGGACACUAUGAGUUGGAACACCUGUCUACCCCCAAGCUGAAGAGCCCUCCCCAUGGCCUUGACCCCCCAGGGAGCCUCAUGGAAAACUAAACAGGGUGGCUCCUUGGGGAGUCACAGGAUGGGGCUUGGUCCCAGAAGGAAGGCUGGGGAGGAGGACAAUGACAACA